AUGGGUAAUGUGCUUAAUCCGCACACGAGAGAGAGGGCUGAGGGUAAAAUCGUCAUUCGUAAAGCAGGUGAGACAGACGUUUACGAAACGAAACUCUCGGAGAAUGAUUACGAUGGUGCGAAGAACUUCAUUAACAAAGCUCAGCUGUUGUAUCCAAAUCUAGAUGGUUUAAAGCAAGUUUCAAAGAUGAUCAAUGUUUAUAUCUAUGCAUCAAACAGAGGAGGAGAGGCUGAUUGGUACAAGAUUCUCGGCGUCGAUCCUUUAGCGGAUGAAGAAGCAGUGAAGAAAACUUACAAGCAGUUAGCUCUUUUGCUUCAUCCGGACAAGAACAAGUUUGAUGGUGCGGAAGGCGCCUUUAAGCUGGUUUUAGAAGCUUGGUGUUUGUUAUCUGAUAAGGUUAGUAGAACUUGUUAUGAUCAAAGGAGGAAGUCGAGAGAAGCAUGCACUCAUAUUCAUAGAGCAUCAAACCAACAAUAG